AUGGCAUCCAACUUUUUUCAUCCUUACUUCGUUCGCUAUUACUUCCUUCGACAAGUCGAUACGCAUUCUGAAAUGAAAAUAUCUAGGCAGGAGUCCCUUGACCGGCAACACGAUUUAUUGGACCGACUUGCCCGACUAUUGAGGGACAACAGUCGCCAUCUUGGACAUCAGCUGACGGAUAUCUUUGAGAAACUCCUUCUAGACCUCUCUAGCACACAUGCUGCUUUAGUGAAAAAGGACUCCGAAUCUACGGCAAAGCUUGCCGAACAGUCUGAGUGCGCUAACCAAGGCCUUUUCAAGAUGUUAGAGACGCAGGUCAGUCUCUUCUUUAUAGUCAAACUGCCUUCUUUGCUUUCUCAGAUAGCCAAAAAGUUUAUCUUGUUGAUUGAGCCUUGA